AUGAACUUUUACAAGCAAGCAGCUCUGGCGCUCGAUCACCUGGACGCGAAACAGGGAUCCGUCAAGGGCUCCGUAGCGGCCGCGGGAGUCGCUCAAGGCAACGAGAGUAAACGGGUAUUGGCUCUGGUCAUAGAGAGCUUGAAGUACAAACCGACCAUCCUCGACCUUCUCUCCUCGGUCAAACUGCUUAACCUGGAGAAGAAGGUCUUUCCCGCCAAAGUACCCUCGGGGGCACCUACUUCUCAGAACCUCGUACUUGUCCUAUUGCAAGACUUGCUCUUCUCCAAGGAGGGCAAGGUCCAGGCUAGCGAUAAAUGGCCGCCCAAGGCCGCUAUCCUGCGACAUGGAACAAGACUAAAGGCUGAGCUGGUCAAGCUGCAGAUCAAGCGGGGGCUGAGUAGCAAGGAAGAGCUGGAGCGGUCGGGUGGAGAUGUAGCUACUCAGAUCCCUCGUUACGUCCGAUGCAAUACCAACAUCCUUUCCAUUACCAAGUUCAUCUCGAACAUGACAAAGGCGAACCCGCCCUGGACCUUGCUCUCCACCCCAACAUAUCCCGUCCCAGCCCGAUCAUUCUUCCAGGACCCACACCUUUCGCCCGACCUCUUCGCUCUGCCUGCGUCGACCAAGUUUGACAAGAACCUGGAUUACGCCAAUGGGGGGAUCAUCUUGCAGGACAAGGCGAGUUGUUUCCCAGCCAAGGUGUUGAUGCACGACUGGAAGGACGGUGAGGGUCAAGUCAUUGAUGGCACCGCUGCACCGGGGAACAAGACCACUUACAUCUCGGCUCUCAUGCAUAACAAGGGUGAAGUCCACGCUUUCGAACGCUCGCACGUCCGUUUCAAGACAUUGGAAAAGAUGCUGGAACGAGCUGGAUGUAACAACGUCAAGGCGCAACGAGCCGAUUUCAUGGAGAGUAAACCCAAGGAUUACGAGAACGUUACCAGGAUUCUGCUCGAUCCCAGUUGUUCCGGAUCUGGGAUUGUUAACCGGUUAGACUACCUGCUUGAAGGAGCCGAACCCGAGGACGAUGAUGUCAAAGCGGAACGACUGGAAAAGUUGGCGGCCUUUCAACUCGUCAUGAUCCGUCAUGCCAUGAAAUUCCCUAACGCCAAGCGGAUUGUCUACUCCACCUGUUCUAUCCACACCGAGGAAGACGAAGAAGUCGUCAUGAAAGCGCUGGAAAGUCCCGAGGCCCGCGACUUUGGGUGGAAGAUCGCUCCGAGGAGCCAAGUUCUGCCGGCUUGGGAGCGAAGAGGCAGAUCAGAAGUUACAGGUGGCGACAAAGACAUCGCGGAAGCCGUCAUCUGCUGCGUGCCUGGAGAAGAUCGUACGAACGGUUUCUUUGUCUCGUGCUUUGUCCGAGAUGUACCCGAGUAUCAGCCUACCGAAGUGGUUGGCAGAGGCAAAAAGCGCGCAAGGCAAAUGGAUGUCCAGGAAGAGGAGGCCGAGCCCAAGCGUACCAAAGUUGAAGACAACGUCGAGGACAUGCAGACCAGGACCGAGACGAUCGAGGUGGAUACUUCGAGAACGGCAUUUGCGAACGAAACCUCUGACCAAACCACGUCCAAAGCCAAGCCGAAGAAGAAGAAGAAGGCCAAGAAGGCUGGACUCGGCGCCUAG